GCACAGAAUUAUGGUGCGCCAGCAUUGGAACCACCAUGGCAAGGUUCGGAGACUGCGCCAGUACAGCAGCAGCCCACCUCAGCCGGAUCGGACAAUGCGGAGCAGUACCUGACGGAGCUAGUGGCAGCCUUAGAAACGUCGGAUCAGCCUAUCACUGCGGAUGUGCAGAAGGUCAUCGACAAGACGAAGCAGCCGCCGGCAACGGCCAAGUCUGUCACUCAGGCCUUCCAGAAGUUGGAGAAGAAGCGCAAGCAGCUUCUGAGUGCGCAACAGGAUCAAGAAGAGGCACCAGAGGAGAUCUCCGACGACAACAUGGACGAUCCCGCACCAGAGCGGUUGGCGACGGCAGCAGAGAUCCAAGAAGGAAUCAGUUCUAUGCUUCAGACGUUAGAGACCGGCCGGGUACGUCCCACCGAGAUCGACGAGGAGGUUUGUCAAGGGCGACAGCUGGAGCAGCACCCACUCAUUUUGCAGUGGACGCACUCCAUCUUGGAAGAGGAGAACUUUAUGAAUGAAUUGAAGGCCUCGAUCACGGCCCUCGACUUGCAGUAUGAGGUCGAUCCCAUGUGCGGCACACAAGGUGACAGACCAACAUCAUGCAAGGCCAGCAAUGCCUGUGACAAGCUGAAUAGACAUCCAUCUUUUGCGCAGACAGUGGAGCUCUAUGUGGGUUUGGAGCACGAGCUGAUCUACCAGAAAUGGCCCUGUCGCACAGGUCAAGCUGUCCUAUUGUCUCCAGUUUUUCAACCACAUCAUUUGAUUAGCACUGACGAGGUUUCAUGGAUGGCGGCGCCAGUGAGACGCGAAGAUCGACUCCAACCUGCCCUUCAUAGAGACCAAGACAGGCUCAUCGACAAUGAUGACAUAGCGAUAAAUCCCCAUGAUCAAAUUGCACCAGAACAUGCAGAUGAGGUACAGAUUUUUCCAGAGGAAGACAGUUCCAUGUCAUCGGAGGCAGAAGAUGCAGCACAGGUAUCUGAUUGGCACACCACGGUGCUUUUUGCCUUAGAUUUCAUUGAAGUGCCACUUCGAUUGGACUGGAAUGACUAUGAAGGUUUUCAUGAGAAGGUUGCAAGGCAUGGCUUUUCCAUCCUGCUCAUCCUCAACAACAGGCGACCAACGGUCGAUAACCUAUGGAAUGCAGCAGAAGAAGAAGAAGAGCUCACCCUUAUGCAGGGAUCCACGCUGAAUCCAAACGCGCCAGCCUUCCAACCACACAACUACCCCACCAGCUGCCUGUCGGAAGAUUUCCGCGACAUCUAUGAAGCGUGGAAUUCAAGAGCUGUCAGCUGGGAGGGAGAAGCACGUUCUACAAGUUUUGACACAUGGAUGGUCGAUCAUAGAAGGCAACAGCUCCACUGUGAACGACCCAGAAGAGUCAGACUGUACGACCAAAUUGAGAGGUGGGAAGAGGCCAUCAAACGAGCGUGGACGGAUCAGCUUCACGAAGAUGCACCAUAUGAGAUCCAUCUUGUACAACCCUACCCACCAGACAUGGACCAGAAUAUUGCAGGCCACAUCAUCAUGAUUCAGAACCCGCAUGAAGUCUUAGUCACCAACCUCACCACGGUCUACGACUAUGAUUUGGGCAUUGGAAGGCCGACUCUCCAGGUAGCGGGAACCACACAUGAACACAUCAGAAUGAACCAUAUUGUUGAAGGCAUUGGCAGAGCACAACAAUGCUUGUCAUCGGAGCCUACUCAACAUUGUGAGGUAUGGUAUGCAAAUCAAAUCAUGACAGGGACAACACCAAUACCAGGCAGAAGUGGCACGAGCAUUCUGGUUCAUCUAAGGGCUCAACAACCAAGGGGACCGGUCCUCAUACAAUUGGCGGUCAGCCUGACAAAUACACGCGAGCGCCUAACACAGGGGCAGGUGGCUCACACCCCUGGGCCGCGUGGUCAGGACGAAAACCAAUCCCCUUCAGCACACCAUUUGGAAUCAGGAGAUGAACAAACCUUUGCGACAGAAAUCAUUGCGCUGGAUGGCACCAUGCAGCUACCCAGCUAUCUGGAAGUCUCCCAACCACCUGACACCAGAGUUGUCCAAGAGGAGCUGAGGAAGUGGGGACAUCGAGUUCAAGCAUGGGACUGCCACCCGCAUAACAAAUUCUUGUGCAUCCCAGAGCAAAAAGUAGAAGAUGCUGAAACUCCGGAGGUGAAUCCAAUGGAACCUCUGAUUGAUCUGAGUCAAGUGGAGGCACUACAGAGUGAAUGCGCGCUGAUCACGGACUUUCAGGUGAGUGAUCUACACCACUUCUUUGAGUCUGCGCAAGAUUGUCUUUGCCAUCACUUUGAGCUAGAUGAAUUGCCAGAGUAUGUGCGGGAGGCUUUGAAGGUUCUCGAUGAAUUUGAUCUGGCGCAAGGGCAUGAUGACCACAAGAUGGUGGCUCUACAGCUUCAGUGGAGAGCGAGCACUACAGUUCAGAUCAAGCGAGCCAAUGCAGUCAACACACAGCUCACCGAUUUCAAGCAUCCAAAGUUGAAACUUGAGCUCAGAGCAUAUUGCCCACCAGCAUGGCAUGUGGAUGUAGAACAGCAGGCAAACAGCAUGAUUGAGCACAUUCACCAAGCCAUCCAGGCGACCCCACAGCAAAUUGCCCCGGCAGCCAAAAAGCCGUAUGUCACGGCUGAAGUGUGGGAGCUGAGGAUUAAGAAGUUGAGGUGCAGACAACAGCUGAAGCACAUUAGGCGUCAGCUGGCGCGAGAGAUUCUAUUUGGCAGCUUUCUGGGAUGGAAGAGAAAGGGAUCAUCUCCACAUGCGGAUGCAAACUAUGCGUACGGUACCAUGUUGCGGUGCGCACAGGUGAAACACAUGAUGGGCUUCUGCAGAUUUCGCAGCCAGAUGAGACAAGCACUGCGCCAGUCCAAACAGGCUUUCUAUCGCAUUCUGCGGGAGAUCACUCUCGGCGGCAUCCCCACUGAUGAGCUUCUGUGCCAUGUCUUUCACAAACUGCCUCCCUUCUUUGUUGUUGAGAAAGAGGUAUCGCCACAGAAGCCCUAUUUAGGGCCCACUUGGAUGGAUGACCUGUGCCUAUGUCUUCAGCAUGAGACGGGAGCAGGCUUGGAGCGAGCCCUCGGCCAGCAAUGUGGCAGUCGACAACUGCGAGUGAAUCACUACGGCCCGAACGCAGCAGGAUAUUUCACGGUCAUCUGCGAGCAUCAGACCAAGAAGAUCCUGCUUGUGAAAUCCUACAGACAUUUGGGGGGAAGACUUCAUCACACAGGAGAUCAAGCCAGUGAAGUUGCCCAGAAGUUAGCAGUGGGACACAAUGCUUUUAACCAGCAUCGGCGUCUUCUCUAUCACAACCAGGAUGUCACCGACACCAAAAAGGCAGAACUCUUCACAUCUUUGGUGCUGAGCAAAACCAUGUAUGGGUCAGACAGUUGGAUUGCCAAUGAUAGUCGAACCAUGAAGAAGUUUGAGGCGGCGAUCCUUCGACUCUACAGAAGAUUGAAGCGACUCAGACCGGAUGCGGAGAUGUCAGACAUUGAGGUCCUGCUCACCACUGGAUUGCCUUCACCAGUAGUGCUUCUUCGCAGAAACAGGCUUCGAUAUUUGGCUGUCCUUUUUCGCUGUGGAGUUCCAGAUCUAUGGCAUUUGCUUGGAGAAGAUGUGGCGUGGGUCCAGGAAGACGCGGUGGAAUUUGGGAUAGCCUUGAAGGAUGUCCAGAACAUCUUCCAGCAGCUUUGUCAGGCAGAUACGUGGAAUUUUCUCCGACAGCAGCUGAAAGUGCAGAGACGACAGGCGGUAGGUCGAGAUGCGAGAGGAGACUGGAAGACUACCAGUCUAAAGGAGUACCCUCCGGCUUUUUGCCGCGCCAUUGCGGCUGCGAUUCGUUCAGUUUUUGAUGACUGUGACAUCUCUGACGAAUCCACGUCAGUGCCCUCAGACUUCAUUGAACUUUGCAAGUCCAUGCAGGCUACUGAGUAUGGAGACUACAUAGGACAUGAUUUUGCAGGGUAA